AUGAGCACCACCAACCGUGGCGGUAAUUCCCCCGUCGCGCAGAGUGUGAACCGUUCGAUAGCUCCGGGGAUGAGUCUGAGCGGCUCCGCCCUUGCCGUACUGACGGAGGAGCAGCGCCAAGAAAUUAAGGAGGCUUUCGAUCUCUUCGAUACUGAUGGCAGUGGAACCAUUGACGUGAAGGAACUGAAGGUUGCGAUGAGGGCGCUGGGAUUUGAACCACGGAAGGAUGAAGUGCGCCGCUUGAUCGCGUCGACAAUGGAGGAGCGUGGUGACCCGGCACCUGUUAAACCUGGUACUGCACCUGGUGCGGACAACCACGUCAUCGGGUUUGCCGAGUUUGUUGAUCUGAUGGCGCGCAAGAUGAAUGAGCGUGACUCACGUGAGGAGAUGUUGAAGGCGUUUCACCUAUUCGACGACGACAAAACGGGAAAGAUAACUUUCAAGAACCUGAAACGGGUCGCGCAGGAGUUGGGCGAAAACAUGACGGACUCUGAAAUACAAGAGAUGAUCGACGAGGCUGAUAGGGACGGUGACGGUGAGGUAAGUGAGGAGGAGUUCCUUCGCAUCAUGAAGAAAACUUCGCUCUAUUAG